CAGUAGUUGAACUCCUCCAAUGUGCAAUGCCAAAAAGUGACACCUGGCCCGGGGGCGUUUCCACUGAAUCUGUGUCUGGGAUGGACAGUGCAGGAAGCUAUGAUAGUGUGCUAAGCAUUAACUCCGGAUUUAGCGAUGACAGUCUGGAGCACCUUUCGGCUGAGGAGAGAGCCUGUCUCAUGUUCCUGGAGGAGACCAUUGAGUCUCUGGAGGUGGAAGAUGACAGCGGUUUGUCGAACGACGAGCCUGAUCACCCAACUAAUGGCCCGAAAGGAAACACUGCUCAGCAAACGUCCAUCUACCAGAACAGAUCUGAGGCCCAUGAGGAUCCAAACAAAGUGACUGGAAGAGAUCGUAAACCUUCUCAGAAGUACCUUGUGCCAACUCCAUUACUCCUUGCCAGUGGGAAUGCCAAGAUAGUCAGCAAACCAAUGGAAACAUCUCCCAAAGAAACACCUGUGGCUUUUAUUGAUGCACCUGAUGGGUUUAGAUCAAGCCCUGACCUUCAACAACCUAGAAGGACCUUUCCACAAGAAGCUACUUCAAAAGUAGCAACUUCCAAAAAAAGCACUGGAAAAUCAGUUGAUGUGGUGGACUUGCCACCUUCAUUCAUACCCAAACCUCCAGUUAAAACCAGUUUACCAAAUGACUCGAAAGCCAAAGAUGGUGCACCUAAGAGUUUGGAGGUCAAGUCUCAGCCGAAGCAGGAGAAAGCUUCCUCAGAGGUGCCGCUGGAAUUCAUUCCUCCACCCUCAGACUUCAUGGAUGAACCAGCGGAGAAGAUAAGCCUCGCUUAUUCGCCACCACCUCCGGUUUACAACAAACCACAUGAAAGGAUUCCCGAACUCCCUAAAACGGAGCCUGGUGGAUCCAUCAAGCCAACGGAGAUGACCAAAUCAGACCCAGAAUGCACAUCAAGUGGACCAUUUUCCCACAAUGUGGUUGAAAACCUAUGCAAGAAGGCCUCUUUGAAAAAAGCACCUCACUUGACGCCAUUAAUGGUUGCGAAACAGUCGGUGGUGGACAAACCACUGACGCCUUCGCCGUCUUCAGAACACAGUCCUGCUGCGCCAAAAGAGUACGGCGAUCCCAAAAGCCCACCGGCUGUGGCACCCAAACCCAAGAAGCUCCCAUCGAAUAUCAUCAUCAAAAGCCACAAGGAUCCGGGCACCACGCAUUCGUUUCUCCCUCAAACCGAACGUGCUCAGAUGGACCCUAAUAAAAUCCGAAUGGAGGCUUUGAAAAAAUUAGGCCUGCUGAAGAACGAAGAGAUUGAAACGGGCCACGGCGUGUCUCCAUCUCAUUCGCCAACGUUCAAAGCUAAAACUCGUCCUCAGUCGUUUUCUAACCCAAAAGAUCCCAUUCAGGAACUAUCCAGACUUUCCAAAACCCCCGUACCAGAUGACGUGCAUCUACUGGCAGACAGGCUAAAGCACCAAGAUGAAAAAAGGAGGGGAGAUUCACUGAAAAACCAACUGACAAGAUCCUACGAGAUCAAAACGGCAUCCCUGGAGCGCACAAGAUCUCGAAUGGCUGCUGACCCUGUGCCAAAGACGACAAACCCUGAAAGGACCCAAGUUGAGUUGUCUCCAGGUCAGUUACGAAAGAGCAGAGCUCGACCUUCUUCUGCAGGGAGCGCCAAGGACUUUGGCAUUGGCCAUCAGGUUGAAUAUUCAACCAAAUCACUCCAAGCUGGUGCAGUUCUGCCAGGAAACGACGGGCAAAAGUUGCCUCGCUCCGGAAUAAGCGUGAUGAUCUCUCCGCACGGUAAAAAUGGAGAGAACCGAAGGGAAGCCUUGAAGAAACUGGGAUUACUGAGGGACUAAUGGAUGGUGAUACUGCCAUUGCCUUUCAAUGUAUUCUGGGACAUUAGCAUUGAAAGGACGAAUGCUGAUGAUAUGGACUUUGACACCGUUUGUGUUGCUUUUGGUUUUUCGGCUGCGUUGUCGAAUUGCAUCUUUAGGUACCUGCUUAAGUAACUGACACAACAUAUGCACUUUCUUCUAAAUUUUUUUGGUAAGGCUAUGUCCACAUGAAUCCAGAUUAGUUUGAAAACAGCAUUUUCUUCCCUUUUAUCGUCACAAAAACUCACUGAGACAGUAUUGGGGUAACGCAUUACAAGUAACUCAAGUUACGUAAUCGGAUUACUUUUUUCAUGUAACUAGUGAAGUAACAAAUUGCUUCUAAAUUUAC